AUGGCUGUUCCCAGGUACUGCUGCAUGCGGCUUGAAGACAAAACUGAGGGUUACGGGUUUUCCCUUAUUGCCACAAAAAAUCAAACCGGACAAUACAUUGACGAAGUAAAAGAGGGUUCGUUGGCUGAUAGAGCUGGUUUAAAAAGCGGCGACUUCGUCGUUGAAGUAAACGGUGAAAAUAUACAUGGGUCUCACGUCAACUGCACUAAGGUGGAGGCAGCCGAGUCAUCGGAACCCACUCCAGUUGUCGCUUCACAGCCCAUUGACGAUGAAGAGUCAAAGAAGGCAAACGAGCCCGCCCAAUCGCCGUUAGCACCAGCGCAGACAUCUGAGGGAUCGGAACUGCCGAACUCUUCACGUACCACGUCCUCACGAAAGGCUUGUAUGCAAUCUGGCAAAAGCUUCGGUGCUAGGGCCAAAUUUUUUAACCGUCUGUGA